AUGCCUGCCACUCGCAAGACCAGGACCACCACCCGCAAGCCCAGCAUCAUGAGCAGGCUUCGAAGUCGCCGUGCUGGCGCGCGUGGAACAACCACAACCACCACCACCACCAAAACCACCAAAACCACCAACAACGCCCACACCGCCGGCGCGACUACUCAUCACCACAAGCGCAAGCCCUCCCUCAAAGACAAGGUCUCGGGCGCCAUGCUCAAACUCAAGGGCACCGUAACCCGCAAACCUGGCGAGAAGGCCGCUGGAACAAGACGCAUGCGUGGAACCGAUGGCAGGGGCAGCCACCACAGAUAUUGA